AUAUUACGUAACGAUUACGCGCAAAGAUCAUGCGUCCACGCGAUCUAACCGGUAGUCUGACCGUGCGUUUGGUGGCGAGAGCUCGUUAUUCUCCGACGCGGUUCAAGUUGCCGUGGUUUUAGUCAAAGCGCACGUAUAAUAACAUUGUUGCGUGCGAUCGAAGUGCGACCAUGAAUCACCGAUUAUCGAUCACCUUUUUGCUGCUGUUCAGCUGUUAUUGUUCCGGAUUGCCAAAUGUACGCCCAUCGAACAUUUUGGUUUUUUUGCCCACGCCGGUCAAAAGCCAUUUCGGCAGUUUUAAACCGCUUUUAGAAGCACUGGUAACUAGAGGGCACAACUUGACUCUGGUAUCACCUUUUGCGCUGAGUCCUACAGCGGAUGAUGGAUCGCCGUUGUUGUACACGCACGUUCGAGUAAACCAUAAUAAAAAGGUUUCAGGCCCGAACUUCCUGGACAGGAACAGCUUCACCAACUGGUUGCCGAUGUACAUGUUGACGCUGUGGCUGGGCCCGCACAUAACGAGGGGUGCGUUGGAAAAUGAAGUUGUGAAGGAUUUCGUGUUGAAUGACGCCGGUCAGUACGACCUGGUCGUGGUGGAGAACUUUUUCCACGAGGGCUUCGUGUCGCUGGGCUACAAGUACGGGGUGCCGGUGGUGCAAUUGCUGUCGUUCGCGGCCAACGCGCGGGUGUCGCAGUGGCACGGCAAUCCUUACGACCCAUCGUACAUCGCCGACUUCUGCGUCGGGUAUACGGCGCCCAUGACGUUUCUACAGCGGGUUGACAACGCCCUGGCCGCUGUUUUCAACACCUGGAUCAAUCGGUUGGUGUACGUGCCGCAGCAGCAGGCCCUGGUGCGCGAGUACUUCCGCUUCGCCGGGCACGAGCGCAUGCCCGAUCUGGAGACGAUGCUCCGGAACGUGUCGCUGACGUUGAUCAACAGCCAUCCGAUGAUCGGCCCCGCCGUUCCGUUAGUGCCGAGCUUCGUGCAAGUGGCUGGCAUGCACCUGAAACCGGCCCAAACGUUGCCACAGGACCUUAAAACCAUUUUGGAUACUUCCGAACAUGGAGUGGUCUAUUUCAGUUUGGGUUCAGUGAUCCAGUCUUCGAAAAUGCCGAAAGAAACGGUUUCACUUUUACUAUCGGAACUUGCUAAGAUUCAACAGAUAGUAUUGUGGAAAUGGGAGGACGAUCAGUUGCCUAACUUGCCAAAAAACGUCGUAGUUAGAAAAUGGUUUCCGCAAAACGAUAUAUUAGCUCAUCCCAAUUGUCGAUUGUUCAUCACACACGGCGGUAUUCACAGUGUGAUCGAAGCCAUCUACCAUGGAGUACCUAUGCUGUCCAUACCUGUGUUCGGCGAUCAGAAACACAACUCUGUGGAAGCCGAAAGCAGAGGAUUCGCUUUGUAUGUGUCUUACUUUGAUUUGACGGCCGAACUGUUCGGUACGAAACUUCAAAAACUGUUGCACGACCCGCGGUUCGGCGAAGCAGUCUCGAAAGCGUCGUCUAUAUUGCGAGACGAUCCUAUACCGGUCUUAGAAAAAGCCGUAUUUUGGGUCGAGUACGUCAUUCGGCACAAAGGAGCGCCUCACCUCCGCACGGCCGCCAACGAUCUCUAUUGGUUUCAGUACUAUCUCUUGGACGUGAUCGCCGCCAUAUCGUUGUUGCUGGCUUUCGUCUUGUACUUGAAUUACAAAUUUUUCUCGUACUUGUUGAGGAAAACGUGUACCGCAAAGUCCAGUCCAGCUAAAGUUACCAAACGGAAACACAAAAAACAGUAGAUGGCUAAUUUUAAUUUUUCGAUGUAUACCGGUUAUUUUUAUCAGUUUUGCGCUUUUUUGUCCUUAAAUGUAAUUACAUAUUUAUGUACCGAUGAUGCGCGUGUUAUUCAUGUUGAAAUUUUAAAAAGUAAUUUCCGCAUAGCUCGGGUUUUGUAUGAGGAUAAUAUUUGUGGAUGGCGAUGGGAUAGGAAAAAAAUAUUUGACAGAUCGGUUAGUUAAAGUCACUGAGAUGGAUAAUUUAAAACAAGUACAGUAGGCUCCGGAAGGUCUAAAUCAGUGGCGGAUUUAAAGGUUCAAAUGAAGUCGGCAAAUCAAAAAGAGGGGUCUCGUAAUAAAUGUAUCACUAAAAUUCUUAGCCCCGUUUUACAAAGCUUCUCUCUGCAUUCGCGUUUUCGCGAUACAAAAAUCGAAAAUAGUACAUUAAAAAUAAUGUGAUGCAGCGAAACCGAUAAUAAAUCAUUUUUCAUAUACUCGUAUAGUGUUCAUAC